AUGGGCUUUUUCAAACACCUACGUUCCCUCGUCUGCAGCGUAAACCUCACCUGUACAGACUACGAUUACGAUCGCACCUCCGGUGACCUGCCGCCUUGGUUACACAGUCUGGCAAGUUUGACUAGCCAAUCAUAUUUGGAAAAAAUUACUGACCUUGAGGACCAUCUCUCCGCCACCGCCUCUGACGACGACAGGCCUCUCGCCUUUGCUGAUCAUUUAAUGAGAACAGCUGAUACCUUGGCAAGCGCUUACUCUUCUUCUUCUGCUAGCCCAACCAAUCAGACAAUCAACGGGACAGUCAUCCUGGAGAUCAUGAAACGCCUCUCAAUCCCUGUUUGUGGUACCCGACCGGGACAGAACGACUUCCUUAAUUUAGCCGACAUCGCACAGAAUGGGAACCUCCCAAUCGGCAAAACAAGGGCUAGCACACCUACAUUAAGUCAGUUUUUUACUGCUAAUUUCUCCACCAACGUUACAGCCUGUUCCCUCCUCAAUGACUUAUUUGCUGUCGAAACUCCGCGCCCGUGGACCCUACGACUGCGCACCCUAAUGCAAGGGCACAUCUUCUACCACCCUGUCACACCUCUUACACAACGAAUCAUACGUGGAGCCAACUCGACGGCGCGCAUGUUCGAACGACUAAAAAACGCCUCCAACGCCUGGGUGGACAUGGAAGCUGAAGUGUUGCCAAACAUUCUUGUAAACAGCACUCUGGCCAAACGACUCCGGAAAUUGGCCUAUGACUGUUUGCUUAUACCAAAUAAGCCAGCAAAUCUAACUGAGCUGUGUCGUCGACUGAAAUACUUUCUGGAAGUGGAAAAGCCAACAUUGCCGCCGCCCACAACCAACUCCAACAGCAGACCCUACGUCCAUUGGUCAGAGCUGAUUGAACCAAUCACAGUCCUCAGCGCUGCGAUGGACAACAUCCUUUCUGCCUGCAUCAACUACGAUCGUUUUGUUGGCUAUGCCAAUUCCACUCUGAUGGAGGAGAGGGCAGCGAACCACAGCGCUGCCGACCAGCCCGUGAUGAUGUUGUAUUUUGAUGCUGCUCCGGCCACCGCUGCGAAUCUGAGUGACCUCAGAUCCACCCUACUCAGCACUCGCUUCCGGCUGCCCUUUUCUGCAGUUGAUACAACCUACCAAUCCAAGGUCCUGGACGAGUACUGGACGCCGGCACCACGGCACGGGGUCCGCCGAAGCAUGAAGUACUUCACCAGUGGUUUCAUUGAUGUGCAGGAACAGAUUGCGCGCUCCUACCUUGGCACUGUUAGUUGCGAGAGCAGCAGCAGCAGUACGGACGAUCUCUACUCGAAUCGCCUGCUUCCGGUUGAAAUGAAAUUUAUACCUGGUCCCUGCUACCAGCUAGAUGAAAUGCAGCGCACUUUUAACCGCAGCAUGUCCAUGAUGAUUGUUGUCAUCUGGAUCUGCACAUCAGUCUUUGCUGUGCGCGCCAUCGUCUAUGAGAAGGAGUGUCGCCUGAAAAAAUUCACGAAAGUCAUGGGCAUGGACAACCUGGUGCACUGGCUGAACUGGUGGACGGUGAGUUAUGUAACCAUGGGCGCGCCGGCUCUUGUGGCAGCCCUGAUGCUCAAAUUCGGACGUAUUUAUCCCAAGGGGGACUUCUUUGUGAUUUUUUGUUGUUUUCUGGCCUACCUCUGGGCCCUCAUUCCACAGGCCUUCUUUGUUUCGGUCUUCUAUACGAAGGCCAACUUCGUUGCCUUUGCGCUGUCUUUCAAUCGCCUGGGUGACCUAGAAGCUACGGGACAAGGUGCCCAAUGGAGCAAUAUGUGGGGCACAGAGCUGACUAAUGAGAAUUUUACGCUGGGAAACUGUCUCGUAAUGCUACUGGUUGACGGCAUUCUAUCUCUACUCUGUACGGCUUACCUGGAGGCAGUUCUACCGAGUAAAUACGGCGUUCCCUGGAAGUGGUACUUUCUUUUCACCCGCAGCUUCUGGCAGGAGAUCUGUGGAAAAUGUCGUUGCUGUACCAAGAGCAAAGACAAAGUCCACGGAGGGCCUAGUGGAGACCUUCCACGGCCGCCGCUAUCAUCGUCAUCGGCCUCAUCACAACAACCACCAGAACAGAUUUACGAUGAGUUCCAGGAACCACCACCACCACCAGAUACGUAUUUCGUUGGUGUUUCGAUCCGCGGUCUGACUAAGAAGUAUCACCGUGGGAAGCAGACAGCCCUUGACAACUUGUGGCAUAACAUCCUCUACGACCACAUGACCGUGCAGGAGCAUCUGCGUUUCUACGGUGGGAUUAAAGGACUCACGAGGGAUGAGAUAGAGGGAGAGACGAAUGCCUUCCUUAAGCAGCUGGAACUCACAGAGAAAGCGGACACUCUGAGCAUGAGUCUUUCGGGUGGACAGAAAAGGCGGCUCUCGCUGGCGGCAGCUUUCAUCGGCGGUUCCAAAAUAGUCUUCCUGGACGAACCCACGGCAGGUGUGGAUCCGCACUCUCGACGGUCUAUCUGGCAGAUGAUCCUAGGCUUCCGAGAGUCGCGCACCAUCAUCCUCACCACGCAUCACAUGGAUGAGGCAGAUGUACUUGGUGACCGCAUUGUCAUC